AUGGCGCCGUCGAAGCGUAAAAAUGACGGGAAAGCAGACAUCGCUUCCAAAAAUCUCAAGUCAACAAGAGCGACUCGAAGAUCGACGCGCCAAGCGAGCCAAGGGGUUGCGAAGGUGGUGCUUGAGGCGGCGCCGAAGAUCAAGAAGGCUAAGCUCAGCUCCAUGGAGAAGCCUGAUACAAAGGCUAAGCCCGGUUCCAAAGAGAAGCCACAACCAAAACCUAAAACAACAGAAGAAGCAGCAGCAGCAGAAGAUCCACCGUCUAACGGCGUAAAUGGUUCAAAGACGAUCGUGAUUGAGCACUGCAAACAGUGCACUCAAUUAAAAAAAUGGGCUGCGAAGGUAAAGCUUGGUUUAGAGACUGCUGUAUCUGGCAUUAAUGUGCUCGUCAACCCAGAAAAGAUUCUGUCCAGAGAGCUUAACAGAGAUUUUGAAGAAUUCUUAUCUUCUUCAUCAAAAAUGAAGCAUAUAAAAACCUCAUCGAUCCCAUGUUCAAUAUCUGAGAGUAACAGUAUCAGUAAAAGUGUCGAUCUUGAUUCCACUUCAGGGACAAUGGAUUGGCAGAAAGAUUUGGUUAAAGCUAUUCAUGAGUUGGUUUCAUUUUACGAAUUAAGGUUCAGUCAUGUUGUAAAAUUGGAAGAUAAUCUGUUCAAAAGCAAGAAAACAGCUCAGAUUUUUUUGCUCCAACAAGAUCGAAAAAAAAGGCUACGUAUGAUCCAAGAUAUCAUAGCAACCGAGAUAACUGCUAAUAAGCAAUAG